AUGAAUUACCGCGAAGAGAGUACUUACAAGAAAAAGAAGGAGCUAAAGGAGAACGAACUAAAGAAGAAGAUGGCUGCUGCGCUGACGGACGCCAAAGCCAAAGUUCCCUCGAAGGAGAGUUCCUCCAGUUCGGCCGCUCCCCCGGAAGGCACGGGUCGCGAGGUGAUCACUCUGCCCAACAGCGACCUUAGUGCUGAAUCUCCUACCGCUCGUCAGCUCCUGAAGAGGGCCAAGCCAGCGGGUCCAAGAAGCGGAAAGCUGCAGAGCCCGCACGACCGGUACGUGCGAGCUCAAAGCCCCGAACUGAGGAAAAGGCUUAUGAAACCCCUGCUUCGAAGGGUUCCUUGCCCACGGCCCCGAGUUCUGCUGACCCGAAGGGAGCUCCGAAGCGCGAACUUCCAGAUCGCCGAAGCUUCCUUGGAAACCUACCAAGACAAGGUUCAACUGGCUGGGGAUCUAUACCUAAAGUCUACCACUGCCGAGACAGAGGCGAAGAAGGAGCUCCAGGAGAUCAAGCUCAGGAAUCAGCUCCUGGAAGCAGGGAACAGCUCCGAGAUGGAGAGGGUGCGGAGAGAGGAACGGAGGAAGACGCAAGCCAAGCUUCGAGAUACAAUCGACAAGAUUGGAGCGCUUCUCGAAGACCAUGACCGCCUAAUCCUUCACGCGAUCCGAGCUGCUGAGAUCACCGCCAACCAGAUGCUAGUGGAGGAGAUCGAGAAGGGCGAGAUUGCCGACCUGAAGGAUGAGCUUGAAACCUUGAAAGCCGACAAGAGGGGUGUUUGCCUAGAGGCUGAGAAGGUAAAAGACUUAACGUUUCACCCUGCGUCAUUUUGCUCCUGCUCCCCUUAUGAUCGAGGAGCUACGUCUGACUCCCCUGUUGUGCCGAACCAGGAACUGGAAGCAAUUCAGUCGGGCCUGAGCAAGGAGGUAUUCGCUCCUAUCAACCCCGGAGGUGGUGAAGCUCUCGCGGUCGAGGCAACCGGCGCUCCUUUGGCUCGCUCCGAAGACCAUGCUGCGGACUCCGAACUCGCUUGA